UCGAUCUUUGUCUCGGCUCGUGAUUUCGUUUCGAUUUCUCCUUCAUCUCUCUCUCGUCUCGGCUCUAGAGAACUUUAGUAGAGAACAUGAUGGUUGUGAUUAUGUAGAGAACUUUAGUAGAGAACAUGAUGGUUGUGAUUGUGUAGAGAACGUUAGUAGCGAAUAAAGCAAGCUUAAGCUUCUGUUGUGUUAUUGCCUAUAUAAAGGAACUGAGAAGAUCACGAUUUCAGUUCCUUUAUUGUUACAGGACAAUGGAUUUUGAUACUCCAAACCUGGUUGAUGAAGAUAGCUAUUAUCUUGAAGACAUGGAACAUGAAGACAAUGAUGAGGUCCAUGAGGAUGAUCCAAUGCCUCAAGAAAAUGGUUCUUCAAAAAGAGGUUUGGAACAGAUCCAUCUCAGACUUGAUGAGAUCCAAAGUAGCCAACCGGCCCGAACUAGAACCAGGCAAGAUCGCGCACGGAGGAACGGACAGCCGAAUGAAGAAGUCGGAGAGGAAGAGAACGAAGACGAUCGUUCCAUCAACCGUCCUAGGAGAGGUACCCAAAAUAGUGAUCAAGGUGAUGUCAAUCCUUUUGCUAGAACUGAACGAACUGAUGAGGGUUUAGGUGGAGUGAAACUUAAGAUCCCAACUUUUGAUGGUAAAAACAAUUCAGAUGCUUUCCUUGAAUGGGAAAGAAAAAUUGAACUUCUUUUUGAUUGUCAAAAUUUUUCUGAAAUGAAAAAGGUUAAAUUGGCCGCAACUGAGUUUGUUGGCUAUGCUAUUAACUGGUAUGAUCAAGUUGUGACUCACAGGAGAAGGAAUGGCGGGCCACCAAUCUCUACUUGGGACGAGCUCUCGGCCUUGAUGAGGAGACGGUUUGUUAUAGAACAUUACCACUGGGAACUCCACCAAUGACUCAAACGUCUACUUCAAGGAACAAAAUCCGUGGAGGACUAUCACCAAGAGAUGGAGGUCUUGAUGCUCAAGGCGGAUGUGGACGAGCCCUUAGACGCCACCAUGGCCAGAUUCCUUUCAGGUCUCAACCGAGACAUUCAAGAUCGAAUGAAGCUUCAGGAGUAUGCUAGUAUGGAACAAAUGCUACACAAAGCCAUUCUGAUCGAGCAGCAAGCCAAAAGAAAGAACUACUCUAAACCGGCCUUUCCUCCCAAACCUAGUUAUCAAGACAAAGGUAAGUCUCCAAUCACAAAAAAAAUACUUCUUUUAAGACUAAUGCCCCGACUCGUGUUGACAAAGGCAAAGCAGUUGAGACUAACAAUCGAGCAAGAGACAUUCGGUGCUAUAGAUGUCAAGGCAUUGGCCACUACACCAGCAAGUGUCCAAAACAGAAAGUGAUGAUCCUCUUGGAAAAUGGCGAAGUUGAGUCCGAGGACGAUAAGGACGAUCUAGAGGACAAGGACGACCACGGUCCUAUCUUUGAUGAGGAAGUAGAAUCCUUCGACUACCCACACUAAGGGCCACUUCUAGUCGCCAGGAGAACCAUGGACGAAGGCCUUGGUCCGAUCUUUGAAGAACACUCGGACACCGACCUAGACCCGGCCUUUGAUGAGACACUUGAGCCGAUCUAUGAUGAUGAGGACGGACAGCUCGACUAUCCAGCUCAUGGUCCACUUCUUGUUACCAGAAGAACAUUGAGUGUUCAACCCAAAACCAAUGAACGAGAACAAAGGGAGAAUCUUUUUCAUUCUCGAUGUUUAGUUUCAGAAAAAAGUUUGUUCUUUGAUUAUUGAUGGUGGAAGUUGCACUAAUGUUGCUAGUGAUUCUCUUGUCAGGAAGCUUGGACUCGUAACCAAACCACUUCUUUGACAUUUCAGAUUGGAAUGGUUGAACGAAACUGGAGAACAGUAUGUACGGGAACAGGCCGCGGUCCCUCUCACUAUUGGACGAUAUGAGGACGAAGUCCUUUGCAACGUCCUUCCCAUGGACGCAUGCCAUAUCCUGCUAGGACGACCAUGGCAGUUUAACAAGAAGACAAUACAUGACGGUUACACCAACUGACACUCUUUUGAUCAUAAGGGAAAGAAAAUCACCUUGGUUCCUCUCUCACCGGCCGAAGUCCACCAAGAUUAGCUCCAGCUGAAGAAGAGCCGAGACAAAGAGCCCAAACCAUCCGAACCUGAGGUAUCUCCUAGGAACUCAAACUUCUUUAU